AUCAAACUAUAGAUGUAAUUCUGUGUUUACAACCCGCAUCAAAACUCUUGUUCCUCCGAAAACUUCUUCCAUCAAUAACCUCUAAGUGCUCAAAAGAUACCUUUCACAGAUUCAACAACCUGUUCAAUCAAGAACUUAUUAUACUUGUUAACCAAUAGUCUCAGAACACAAUCCGAGCUGAACAAGAUUGUCCCAUUUUUCAUUUAUUUUCCUUUUGCGAUACUUUUUAUUUCAUUCAAAUAUCUCUACAGUUAGCUUCUAGUCAAUAAUUAGACAAAACUUUUGAGGGACUUGAUUUCAAGCUCACACAGGAACCAUUCACCAACUCUUUGAAGAUCAUACCCUGUCAACCUCCUCAACUUAUCUUUUAAAAAUACCAAUUAAAAACAAUGGCACCUAAGAGGAAGCGAACUUCAAAUCCAACUUCAAAUCCAGCUCGCCCCUCGCCCAGACGAUCUAAGAAGACCCGGGUUGAUGGUUCCGAGCCGCAGAUAGAGCUACCGGAGCCGAAUGUAGAAAUGCCAGAGGUGAUGAUCGAAUCACCUGAGCCAGAAGAGGUACCGACCGCUGGUAAGUAAUUUUAAGAACUAUUUCAUUGACAAUGAUUUAGCAUUGCUUUUAGCUUCACCUGGGGAUGAGCUCGAACAGCAAGGCAACACCAAUGGCACGGAUGCGGAUGAUGAAGCAGAAGACGUCAAAGAAGAAGGACUAGAAGGAAAAACGGACGAUGAAGACAAGGAUGGUGAUGACGAGGAAGAACAUGGUGAUUUAGAGGAUGAACCUUCCGAAAGUGAAUCAUCAGAUGAAGAAGAUACGGAUUAUAAAGAAUAUAUGGUUGGUCUAAUGAUUAUUGAUAUUUUAAGAUUCGAUGCCUGCGUAGGGCUGCAAUUAUUCAACACAUAGUGUUCAUAGUUUCCGAAAGUACCCGUGCACAUAAUCGGCGUUUAUAGCCGGCCAAAGUUGAAGAUGCCUGGAUCAGAGCAUGAAAGUGAGUGAUACUCCACUUCCUCGCUGCGUUUCCUCUUAGUGAAGGUUUUCUAAUGUUGAAAUCUUGUCUUAUUAGUCGAUAUAUUACUCCUGCUGCUCUCCCUGCACGCCGCAGAUCUUCGGCUGGCGAAUUCCGCGAUCUGCAACGACUUCAGGUUGCGCAUAAUGCUACUGCUGGAAAUGCAUCAGUAGUUGCUAAUGGGAAUUUAACAGUGGCCGGUGCGCACGCGGGUUUCCCUUGAAUGUCAGACCCUGGGUGCAGAAAAUUAUCACUGCUGAUUGGAUCAAUCGGAAUUUUCGAGCCCCGAGACGAGGGGGUAUAAUAAGA